CUCCUCUGGAAAAGUCACUUAUAAAGCCGGGGUUCAAGCUUUCGUAUUUGUUGUCAACAAUUACUGUCAUUCCGCUGCUGCGUUUUUGGUAAGGCGGACAAAAUUCUCUGCCAUCACAUUUGAAAAAAUUGUAUCAAAGCCAUUUGACGUAACCUGAUUUCAUACCGAUACAAUCGAACUUGUCGAUAACUGUUGAAAUUGUAAAUGUUCUUAUCGGAAACUAGUUGACGAGCAUAUCAACCUUGUUUACCAAUGGUCUUUUAUUUAAGAUAAACGGGUAUAUAAAUAUAUACCUACUCAUUUGUUUCUACAUUUUCGUCUCAGUAAGUUUUAUGCUUUCUUCCGAACAGCAUUGAGCAAUUAUGGAUGUUGAACUUACCUGAUUUUAUUCUUGUGACAAAACUAAGGGAAAAUAUAGCACGAAAAUGACUUUUCACGUGAAGCACGUGUUGAUUUGUUUAUGCAUUAUUACGUGGGUUAACAGUGGUAAUUUUUCGUCGACGGAGGAUCCUACACCACAAGCCACACCAAAAGUACCUACACAAACAACAAACUCUUCAGUUGAAAUGUCGACCGCAACGCCAUAUACAACAACCAUCACUGAUAUACCGAACGAAUUAGAAGACGAUGCAAUCAAUAAAAGUGAACAACAAGACGAUACGCAAGCUAAUCUAUCUACGACAAGCACUUCAAGUACUACAGCAACAAUAACACCACCACCAACACCAGAAGCAAAGACAGUCAACACAUCAGCAGGUAUCUUUCAUCCCACGUCUAAAUCAACCAAAGUGACAAGUGCUACUACACCAAAUCCCUCAACUCAAAAACAAGUAUCAGGUAAAGAUAUCCAGUAUAUUACCUCUCAGCUUACUGAUGAUCUCAGCAGUGUGAGUAAGUGGCUCACUGAUAAUAAACUUUCCUUACAUCUUGGAAAGACAGAGUCUAUUUUAUUUGCGUCUAAACCAAGACUUAGGUCAUGUGAUCAACUAAAUAUUGUAUGUAAUGGUACUACAAUAACAUCCACCAAAUCUGUUAAAUACUUAGGUGCUGACCUAGAUCAAUGUCUAUCUGGUGAGUCUAUAGCCAACCAGUGCAUAUUUAAGUAG